GAUGACGCGGUCGCGCUCUGCUGACGCGUGUCCCGCCAUCUUUCCGCCGGCUCCAGACGAACACGUUGCGGGAAAAAAAACAACUCCGAGUCCGGAUCUGCGCCCCGAACCGAGUCGAACCGCCGAGCUUCUUGCGGUCGAGUCACGGGGAUCAGGGAGGGCGCUUCAGUCCUCGCGCCCAUCCAUCGCCUUCAAAAUGGCCGACAAAAACACCAGGAUCGCCAUCGUCAACCACGACAAAUGCAAACCCAAGAAGUGUCGUCAGGAGUGCAAGAAGAGCUGCCCCGUCGUCCGCAUGGGGAAACUGUGCAUAGAAGUGACUCCUCAGAGUAAAAUCGUGCUGAUCUCAGAGGGAUUGUGUAUAGGCUGCGGCAUCUGCAUCAAGAAAUGUCCGUUUGGGGCGUUGUCCAUCGUGAAUUUGCCGAGUAACCUGGAGAAGGAGACCACUCACAGAUACUGCGCCAACUCCUUCAAACUGCACCGGCUGCCCAUCCCGCGGCCGGGCGAGGUGCUGGGGCUCGUCGGGACCAACGGUAUCGGAAAGUCCACAGCUCUGAAGAUCCUGGCGGGGAAACAGAAGCCGAACCUGGGCAGAUACGACAAUCCUCCGGACUGGCAGGAGAUCCUGACUUAUUUCCGAGGGUCCGAGCUCCAAAACUACUUCACCAAAAUCCUGGAGGACGACCUGAGGGCCAUCGUCAAACCCCAGUACGUGGACCAGAUCCCCAAGACCGUCAAGGGGUCAGUGGGGGCCAUACUGAGCAGGAAAGACGACACAGAAACGCAGGACGUCAUUUGUGAACAACUGGACCUGACUCACCUGAGGGAGAGGAACGUGGAGGACCUGUCCGGAGGAGAGCUGCAGAGAUUCGCCUGCGCGGUCGUCUGCAUCCAGAGAGCCGACAUUUUCAUGUUCGACGAGCCGUCCAGUUACUUGGACGUGAAGCAGCGGCUGAAGGCGGCCAUCACCAUCCGCUCCCUCAUCACUCCAGACAGAUACAUCAUCGUAGUGGAACACGACCUCAGUGUGUUGGAUUAUCUCUCCGACUUCAUCUGCUGCUUGUACGGAGUCCCCAGCGCCUACGGAGUGGUGACCAUGCCCUUCAGCGUCCGAGAAGGUAUCAACAUCUUCUUGGACGGAUACGUUCCCACAGAAAACCUGAGGUUCAGAGAAGCGUCGCUGGUGUUUAAAGUGGCAGAAACGGCCAACGAAGAAGAAGUGAAGAGGCUCAGACACUAUCAGUAUCCGGAGAUGAAGAAGACGAUGGGAGAGUUCACGCUGGAGAUCAGAGCCGGAGAAUUCACAGACUCUGAGAUCAUGGUGAUGCUCGGAGAAAACGGCACCGGAAAAACCACUUUCAUCAAAAUGUUGGCCGGAGGACUGAAGCCCGACGGAGGAGGUGAAGUUCCCAUCCUCAACGUGAGCUACAAACCUCAGACCAUCAGCCCCAAGUUUAAGGGCAGCGUCAGGGCCUUGCUCCACGACAAGAUCCGAGACGCGUACACACACCCACAGUUCAUCACAGACGUCAUGAAGCCCAUGCAGAUCGAGAGCAUCAUCAACCAGGACGUGCAGAACCUGUCGGGAGGAGAGCUGCAGCGUGUGGCUCUGACUCUGUGUUUGGGGAAACCUGCCGACGUUUAUCUGAUCGACGAGCCGUCGGCGUAUCUGGACUCGGAGCAGAGACUGAUGGCCGCGCGGGUCAUCAAGAGGUACAUCCUUCACGCCAAGAAGACGGCGUUUGUGGUGGAGCACGACUUCAUCAUGGCCACGUAUCUCGCCGACAGAGUCAUCGUGUUCGACGGCAUCCCCUCCAAACACACAGCGGCAAACACGCCUCAGUCUCUCUUGGCCGGGAUGAAUCGUUUUCUGUCUCUGUUGGAGAUCACGUUCAGGAGAGACCCCAACAACUUCAGACCGCGCAUCAACAAACUCCACUCCAUCAAGGUACUGCCCGCGUGCCCACCAGCAACGCACUCCAACACACUCCUACUGCCCGCGUGCCCACCAGCAACGCACUCCAACACACUCCAACACACUCCUACUGCCCGCGUGCCCACCAGCAACGCACUCCAACACACUCCUACUGCCCGCGUGCCCACCAGCAACGCACUCCAACACACUCCUACUGCCCGCGUGCCCACCAGCAACACACUCCAACACACUCCAACACACUCCUACUGCCCGCGUGCCCACCAGCAACGCACUCCAACACACUCCUACUGCCCGCGUGCCCACCAGCAACGCACUCCAACACACUCCUACUGCCCGCGUGCCCACCAGCAACGCACUCCAACACACUCCAACACACUCCUACUGCCCGCGUUGCCCACGAGCACGCACUCCAACACACUCCUACUGCCCACGCGCGUGCCACCAGCAACGCCACUCCAACACACUCCACACACUCCUACUCCUGCCGCGUGCCACCAGCAACGCACUCCAACACACUCCUACUGCCCGCGUGCCCACCAGCAACGCACUCCAACACACUCCAACACACUCCUACUGCCCGCGUGCCCACCAGCAACGCACUCCAACACACUCCUUACUGCCCACCAAGCAACGCACUCCAACACACUCCUACUGCCCGCGUGCCACCAGCAACGCACUCCAACACACUCCAACACACUCAACACACUCCUACUGCCCGCGUGCCCACCAGCAACGCACUCCAACACACUACUGCCCGCGUGCCCACCAGCAACGCACUCCAACACUCCAACACACUCCUACUGCCCGCGUGCCCACCAGCAACACACUCCUACUGCCCGCGUGCCCACGAGCAACACACUCCAACACACUCCAACACACUCCUACUCCCGCCCCGCAACACACUGCCCACCAGCAACACACUCCUACUGCCCGCGUGCCCACGAGCAACACACUCCAACACACUCCAUCAACAGUCCCUGA